AUGGCCGGUCUUGCAACUCACAUCGAUCCUGACGAGCUCGUCAAGAAGCUCCACGACCACCCCGUCCACAGCCACCACGCCCCCCGACGCAGUCACAUCAACCAAGUAACCCCCUACUCAUCCCGCUACGCCGCCAAAACCGAACUCCCCAAAUUCAAGAUCCCGCAAGCCAGCGCCCCCGCCGACGCCGUCCACCAGCUCAUCAAAGACGAACUCGACCUCGACGGCCGGCCCAACCUCAACCUCGCCAGCUUCGUCGGCACGUACAUGGAGCCGCAAGCCGAGCAGCUCAUGAUCGAGAACCUCUCCAAAAACAUGAGCGACGCGGACGAGUACCCGGCCAUGAUGGACAUGCACGCCCGCUGCAUCAGCAUGCUCGCCCACAUGUGGCACGUCCAACCGGGCGAAACCGCCAUCGGCACCGCAACAACCGGGUCCAGCGAGGCAAUCCACCUCGCCGGCCUCGCCAUGAAACGCCGCUGGCACGAAGCCCGCACGCGCGCCGGCAAGGACACCCUCAAGCCCAACAUCCUCAUGGGCGCCAACGCCCAGGUCGCCCUCGAGAAAUUCGCCCGCUACUUCGACGUCGAGCCGCGCAUCCUGCCCGUCUCCCGCGCCUCCCGCUACCGCCUCGACCCGGCCCUCGUACAGGCAAACAUCGACGAGAACACAAUCGGCAUCUUCGUCAUCCUCGGCUCCACCUACACGGGCCACUACGAGCCCGUCGCCGAAAUCGCCGCCCUGCUCGACGCCCACGAGCAGGAAACAGGCCAGUCCAUCGACAUCCACGUCGACGCCGCGUCCGGAGGCUUCAUCGCGCCCUUUACCCACGCUGGCGCCGGGCCCGACACGCCCUGGGACUUUGCCCUCCCGCGCGUCAAAUCGAUCAACGUGUCCGGGCACAAAUUCGGCCUCGUCUACGCGGGCGUCGGCUGGAUCGUCUGGCGCGACGAGCACCUGCUGCCCCGGCACCUCGUCUUCGAACUGCACUAUCUCGGCGGCACGGAGCAGUCGUACACGCUCAACUUCUCGCGGCCCGGCGCCCAGGUCAUUGCGCAGUACUUCAACCUCGUGCAUCUUGGCGUCGAGGGGUACCGGAAUGUGAUGGAGAAUGCGCUGGCGAAUGCGCGGCUGCUGUCGCGUGCGCUCGAGGCGACGGGCUGGUAUGAGUGUGUGUCGGAUGUGCAUCGGCGGGUCGGCUCGUUUCACUUGUCCCCUUCCCCUUCCUCGCCCGACCCGGAAUCCGACUCGCCCUCCGACUCUUCCGACUCUUCCGACUCCUCAGCAGCAUACAACCCGGGCCUCCCGGUGGUGGCAUUCACGCUCUCCCGCGCCCUCAAAGCCUCGCACCCGCACAUGACGCAAGACAGCAUCAGCACGCUGCUGCGCGCAAAGCAGUACAUCAUCCCCAACUACGCGCUUCCGCCGCACGAGGACGGGACCGAGAUCCUGCGUGUCGUGGUGCGCGAAUCCAUGUCGUUGGACCUGUUGCAUCGCCUGAUUGCCGAUAUCUGUGAGGUUACGGAUCGGGUGAUGCGGAUGGCGCCGGGGGAUUUGGCGGUGUUUGACAAGGUUGGGGGCGGAAGUGGUGGGGGUGGUGGUGGGAGGGGGCCGAGUGUGGAGAAGAGGUUUGGGAAUGCGGGGUUGGGGCAUGAGGAGAGGGAUAAGGCGCGGCGGCCGAUGGGGGAGGGAGUGCAUAGGAGUGUUUGUUGA